AUGGCGGGCUUGAAUGUUUCCAUUGCCUUCUUUCUCUCAGUUGUGGCUAUUUGUGAGGUGAUCAGGCAGGUUUCCAAGAGACUUCUGCCUCUUGGAGUGUACCGUGGUCUUGUCAGAGAACUGGUCAGCUCGUUACAGUUGUGUGCUUGCUGCCUUGAGCUGAGGAUGCUGAUGGAGAUUGGUCCCUGGGGUGGUGGCUUUGGCCCAGAUGUGAUUCUGACCCUCCUCUUCAUUAUCUACUUGAUUCAUGGUGUGUCUUUUGAUGGAGCUUCUGCUAACCCCACAAUCUCUCUCCAAGAAUUCCUGGUCAUGGAUUCCUCCUUUGUGGCUACUGCUGUCAAACUUCUGGUCCAGUUUGUGGGAAUGGAGGCAGCUGGGAUUCUCACCACACACUACUGGUCCUGGGAGCUGACUGACUUCCACCUCAUCCAGAAUCUAAUGGCCCUGGAUUGCAGUUCCUCUAUCCAUACCUCUUUGUACCAUGGCAUCUUUGUGGAAGGCAUCUGUUCUUUCUUUUUCCAUUUGGUGGCUCUCAAGUUUCAGCACAGCCACCCUCUAUACAGAGCGCCUGUCCUGGCAGUGACUGUGACCACCCUGGCUUACACAGCUGGGCCUUUCACGGGGGCCUUUUUCAACCCCACCCUGGCCGCCACGGUUACUUUUCACUGCUCUGGGAACAUCCUGCAAGAGUACGUCCAGGUUUACUGGCUGGGACCCCUCACAGGGAUGCUUGCAGCCCUGCUCUUGUACCAGGGGAACAUCCCAAGGCUCUUCCAGAAAAACCUGCUUUACAGCCCGAAGAGCAAAUACCGGACCCCUAAGGGGAAGGCUGUGCCUGGGCUCAAACAGACAGGAGACAAUGGGGAAGGGCAGCUGCGAACUAAGCCCCAGAGCUGAGUGACGGGUGUGAGAGGGUCCCCCAGCCAGUGCCCAUCUCUCCUUCCCAUCGGGCCCCUCCCAUGGCCAGACUGACAGGAGCUGGGCCUGAAGACGCCUGGCCAGCUCUGUGAUGUGUGAGCAAGCGUUCACUGGGGGCACCAUGGGCUUUUCAUGUCACUGUGUAAGUGUACCAGCUGCUUUGGCCACAUGUGAACAAUCCCUCCGCGCUGGCCCAUAGAGACCUGGCUGUGAAAGCCCCCGGAAAACAUUGCCAGCUAGCACACACCUGACCAGCAGCAGAGUGGUGUGAUCACAGGCUGCAAUACUGCGCCAAAGCACGACCUAAAGGGCACAUCCCUCCUUCCUGAUCUUCCCCAGCCCGUCUCCCCUGAGGGCAGGGCAGGAAAUCACCACCACCAUUCUGCUCCCUCAGUACAGCCAGGCAGCCACCCACCUCACUCCCCACGGAAAGGGCUGGCGCUGUUGCAGGGUCUCAGGGCUGUGCUCACACGUGACUGUCCACUCUCUGGCUUGGCUCAAACUCUGUAAUGUCACUGCCAUUGAAUAUAAAUGUUACCUCCAGAUAGUGGAGCAAGUCCCCACUUAGGCAUCUGUCUCUAGUGGUACAUUAAUUUCUUCCCCUGGAACAUCCAUACACUGUCCUUUUAAAAAUAGAAAGGCCAAGCAGUGACUACUCAGUGAAACAGCCCAUUCCAAAGUGUCCUGCAGCUCUUCACUGCUGGCCCCUCUGGCCAAGAGGGGCUUGAGUGUCAGAAAGUUUGAGACCCUAAGUUUUUUCCUGCAUCACUCCAGCCUUGAUGGUGAAUCCAGUCCCCAGGCUCAGCCCAGCCAUGCAGGGGCUGUCCGUUUCUUCUUUGCCAACAGCAAUACAAGCUGAGUUGGGAAAGCCGGCUGUAAUUGCUGCCCCUAGCUAACGGGUUGUACUCUAGGGGGGAGAUUCGCCCCAGAAGAGACUAUUCUGGCAUGAUCUGAGCAGUGCUCAAAAGGUUCGGUCCUGCCAGAUGCUGAGCACUCUGGCUUUGAUACAGCCAAGCAUUUAAGUAGAGCGAAGUGAAAAUCAGAAUUUGUUGUUUGAGAAAUUCUGAUGUUUUCAUCCCCAAUUGGGACAAAAAGUCAAUAUCAAAAUUCGUCAUGGAAUGAAAAGUUCCCCAAAAUUUCAAUCUGAAAAUGUUGAAACAUUUUAUUUUGACAUUGAUUGAAACAAAAUGUUUGUGACUGUCUUGAGUCAAAAUGCUUCAUUUGCAUUAGUUCAAUAUUAGUACCACUGGCAAAUGUAGUUUGUGGUGCCUCGUGGGAGUUGUAGUUCAGGUGCCUCUUGCUGCCAUUCACCAAGGCCAGGCUCCUGGGCCAGACUAUAUUUCCCAUGAUGCUCUACAGUCAUGUAAUGUCCAUGUAGCCCAGUGUGUGAUGUUUCACUCCAUAUUCUUUAUGAAAAUAUGCUGAUAUGAAUAUGACAUAACUGAGAUGUACUUUAUGCAAGAUGGGUCUUGUAAGGUAUCAUUGGAAAGGUUAUAAUUUACUGAAUGUAAUUAUCCAGUUUGGAUGCCUGCAUUGUUUCUGUAUCUGAAGUUAGGAAUAUUAACUAUGUAUCUGUAUUUCAAAUGUGUUACUUUGGGUACCACUCCCAACCAGUGCUUCAGGUACAAAAAUGGAAAAGCCAGACGAGGCUAAUGGGCCAUUAGCAGAGACAAGGGACUAUGAAAGAGCUUAGUCUUCCUGUGGAUGCUGGAGACAGCCUACGAGCAAUGGCUGCCACAGCCAUGCAGAGACUGGGUCCAAGUCACCUGGUACUAGAUACCUCUCCUCCCCUUUUGGAAUGCUAGUGGUUUUCCACUAGAAGAUAAAGGGUUCCUUCCUUGCACAAGAGCUAUAUAAGGCAGGGGAGUGACAUCAUCAUGGUUCUCUCCUCUGCCUCCCCACCCAAAGAGACACUGAAAAAACACCUGGAAACAAGAACUGAACUGGGGAGCAGAAGGGUUGAACCCAAGCUGGAAGGGCAUCUAGCUUGUGAGUAAUAACUAAGGUUUCAGGAUGGACACUAGUGCAUCUGCCUUUCAAGACUUUCUGUAAUCUGCCUGCAGCAAUAUCUAGGGUGAGAACAUAAGAAUGGCCCUACUGGGUCAGACUAAACAUCCA